UGUUGUUUUUCAGUCAUUCGUUGCGUUUUGUUGCUAUCUCACAGAGUUUUGUUGUGAUUAGAUAACACCACCUGAAUUAUUUUGCCUCGAGUUCCUCUCUUAUCAAUCCGUUUCCGGAGGGCGUGUUGGCUGCUGCUUUGCCGUGCCUGUCUCUACUUCAAUUUAUUUACUACAUUGCAAAUAUUUUGCAGUGGAUUAAAUUUCCCUCGUGCUGCGUGAAUUAUUUGUUUGCAAAAUGAGCAGCGGAACCGGUUCGCGGGACUUGUCCGCCCUGACGGUGGGCUUCAUUGGCGCGGGUAACAUGGCCUUCGCCAUCGGAUCCGGACUGAUCAAGCAAGGUGUCCUGAAGGCCAACCAGGUGAUUGUGUCCGCCACGAACCUGGAGAAUUUGCGCAAGCGGUGGGCUCCGCUCGGGGUGACCAGCGCCACUACGGACAAUUCCGAGGUGAUCCGGAAGGCGGACAUAAUCUUCCUCUGCGUGAAGCCGCACAUUUUGCCGGUGUUUGCGAAAUCGAUCGAGGGCAAACUGGCUGGGGUUGAUUGCAGUGAAAAGGUGCUUGUGUCGGUGCUGGCCGGUGUGAAGCUUGACCGGUUGAAAUCGGAAUUCGCCAGCUUGGGAAUUAACCACGUUCGGACGAUGCCCAACACGCCGAUGCAGGUCGGUGCCGGUUGUACGAUCUACAGCGAGGGAUUCGGGGUAGAUUGUCCGAAAACGGUUCGCGAUCGUUACGAGGACAUCAAGUUUAUGCUGAACCAGCUUGGGCUGGCGUACGAAGUUCGUGAGGAUCAGAUUAACGGCAUAACUGGGUUGACCGGUUGUGGUCCGGCGUACGUGUACCAGAUUAUUGAAGCGCUGGCUGAUGGCGCCGUGAAGCAGGGUGCCGCUCGGGAUCAGGCUAUCCGGAUGGCGGCGCAGACGGUGAUGGGAGCGGCUAAGACGGUGUUAGAGACUGGCAAGCAUCCGGCCGUGUUGAAGGACGAGGUUUGUUCGCCCGGCGGAGCCACAAUCCACGGCGUGCACGAGCUUGAGAUUGGUGGCCUUCGAGCUACACUCAUGAAUGCCGUGGAAAAGUCCGCCAACCGGGCAAAAGAGUUGCAGUAGGAAGUUGGGCGGUGUUGUUAAAUGUUUUGUGGUUGUUCCGUGAAUAAAAUGUAGAAUUAAAUUAAAA